GUAAAGUUGGCAAAGUUAGCGGAGGGAGGGCGAAACGGAGAGCGGGAGGAGCCGCGUGCGGAGUCCGGCUGCGGACUUGCUGGGGGAGGGGGGUGGAUCCCGUUGAAUCUGCGGCCGGGGAAUGUCGGCGAAGGAUGCCUAGGGCUGGCCCCCCGCUCCCUCCACGCGCGUCCGCGGCUCGCGCGUGUCUCGGGAUCGCGCUGUGCAGGCCAGGGCUGACCCUUCCUCUGGCGGGGAAGCCGUGGCCUUUUGCUUUCGGAGGGACGGCGCCUGUUGCAGAGAGCUGUCCCCUCGAGGGCCUGCGGCUGGCGCUGGAGCCUGCGCCCUGUCCCCGGGGUCGCGCCCUCCGGGGUGGCGCGCGCACUGCCCUGGUCCGCGGUGACAAAGAUGUGUAACUUGGACUUUCUUCCACUGGGGCGAGUUGCGGCUCCAGGCCACGCACAGAGAAGCGCUGGGACUGGUUAAUCAGUAAUCGGGACUCUAGGUGGAGGCUUCAAGCGGCCAACUUUCUCUUUGCCACCCCGCAGGGCAGGCGUGCGGCCAGGGCUGGGCUCUGCAGACACCGGUGCCUUGGUGGGUUCAGGGGAGACUUGAGGGCUUGGCAGGGGCGCACUUAGGCCCGAGAAGUGCAGAGUCUGGACGCGUGGUCCAGCCUUGCCUGCAGCUGUGUGCAGGGGUACAUCGGAGUCAGCUUGGACCAGCCCAGAGCAGCCCUGCAGAGACAGCCUGUGGGCACAGCCGCCUUCUCCCCGCCGCUUCUACCAUGGGCAUGAGUGGAUAGCCCAUUCGCCAUGAGCUGUGACCCUGCUGGCGUUUCCAGGUGGCCCCACAUCACUCGCGUAGGACCUGUCGGCUUGGUUGCCUCUCCAUUUCUGAUGUGUUUAAUCCUCAUGGAGCUACGUUCGUAACCAUGGCAACUCGGGUCGAAGUUGGCUCCAUCGCAUCCCUGAGGGCGGGGCCCAGCCUCAGUGACAUCAGCCGGGAGGAAACCCUGAAGAGGACCUACUUUUGCCAGGCUGGGGACAUCCCUGGGGCACCUACCACCAGGAUCCUAAGUGCAAAGAGCUCCCUUCAGACCCGCCUGUCCCCACUGCCUGGUGCUCCGAGGCCUUUCUUAAAGGAGCAGGUGCCCGAGAGGAAGGCUUCUGUCAAAUCCUUGUGGCCUGGCACCUCUCAGCCCUGUCUUUCAGCCCAGACUGCCAAGGAGGAAGCUAAAGUGGACUUGAGUAAAAAGAUGCCGAGCUUAGCUGGUGAGGAGACAGACAGAGGGGAGGACCUGCAGAAUUGCCCUUCUGUACCUAACAAAGCCACAUUCCUGAGAUCUGGCCCUAGCACCAUGGUCCUUUUUGAAACAACCAAAGCUGGACCCAGCCUGGGCAAAGGAUCCUGCGAGGGGAGCCGGGAGGCCAGCUCCCGGGCAACCCAGGUGUCUCUCUUAAGUGCCAGGCCUGAGGUGGCCACCAAGCCUGCUGUACCUGCUCGGAAGCCCCCAGUGACUCUGCCUCGACCGACCUCCCUGUCACAGGACUCUGGGUCCACUGUAUCUCAGGGGGAGGCAGGCCGAGCCCAACCUUUGCCAAAGGCUCACAGUGUGGAGAACCCCGCUGGCCAGGCUCCAGAGGCCAAGCCUCAACCGAAGAGACGGCCCAUGUCAGCAGUAUAUAGUGAGUACAGCGAGUCCUCAAAGCCAGGCUCGGGUGGAGUGGCAGUCACGGGCAAAGUGCCCCCUACGCCUCCUGAGAAGACGUGGGUGAGGAGACCCAGGCCUCUGUCUGUGGACCUGACUUCGAUCUUUGAGAGUGGAGACACGUUUCUGAAGAAGGUAGCUACUGAGCAGAGCACAGCCGAGCACCAGGGCCCGGAGAGGACCAGCAUGGAGCCCAGGGGUGAUGCAGAGGGUCCUGCCCGCAUGGAUGCCACGCCGCAGGACCCUGAUGCGGACUUCCAGGAACUGGCCAAGAGGCUCCAUGCACGGAGGGAAAAGAUAGUUCUUAAGCAGGCAGAGACAGACAGUCCCAGGACUCCAAGGGCCAGGGCCACCCCUGGAGACGAUCAGAGUUCCCAGGAAGAGAAAGCCAUGUCAGGCCAGCAAUCAGAGAAGGUGCAGGAGUCCCCUUCGUCCAGACCUGAAAGAGCCCCGGGGCUGACCGAGGUCAAGGGUGGAAGGUUUGACCAGGAGGCUUACGCACAGACAGAGAGGAAGCCCACAGGAAGCGUCAGGAAGCGGCUCAGUCUGUUUGGAGAAGACAGUGCUGCUGUGGCCUUGGCAGUGGCAUCUGAGCCCACCCCCGUGACCCUGGAGUCCCCGUCCACAGCCCCAGAGCCUUCCAGAGCUGGUGUGAACGUUCAGGCUCGGAUCAAAGGCUGGACCUCGGAGAACACUGGGGAGAAGCCAGAGGUCAGGAGAAGGGUGCCCCAGGCACGGCCAUUGCCUGCGGAUUUGACCAAACCGUUCUCGAGGACAGCUUCGAGCAACGAGAUCGGGCACGAGAAGUGUGCCACGCUGGGUGGCGAGCUCCCUGGGGAGAGGAGAGAAAAGCUUAAGGAAAGGCAUGAUUUGGAUGCAGCCCCUGCUACAAAAAGUCCCUGGAAGAACGGGGUUCCCCAGAAGUCUAAGCAGACAGAGCUCAAAGGUACCUCUGAACAGGAGAACCCCGACAGGUGUUGGGGUGCUCGAUCAGCGGGAGACGCAGGUCCUUCUGAAGUCAGUCCGGAAGAUGAUGGGAGCUUCCAGAAGGUGUGGGCCACGGUGUUUGAGCAUCAUGUGGAGAGACACACAGUGGCUGACCAGGCUAACCGUUGCCUCUCAACCACACCCCCUUGUGAUACAGCUGACACGCCCCUGGUUCCCAAACCAAGGCCUGAGAAUUGGCCAGGGAAGGAACCACCAGGAGUGGCAGACAGGAGAGACCGCUCCAGGUGGUCAUCGGACCAUGCUGACCCAGGGAUGCUGGGACGAGCAGCUCUUGCGGAUGUGGAACGGAGACAGUAUCCAACACCUGUCCCCGAGAUGCACCCCAUGGAAGAGAGACACAGCCGCUCUGUCCCGAGGCAUUUAGAAAGUUCCCCUGUGUCCCAGAGGGUCCAGCCCAGGUAUGACAUCGUGCAUGCCUCAGGGGAACGUGCACACAGUGAAGCUGUGUCCAGGGUGCCUGAGGAGAAAGCGGUGACCCUGCGCAGUGGCAGAUCCCGGCUCUCACUGCCUGUCCGGCAGCUGUCCCAGGAAGUCAACCCUACUUACUUGGAGUGCUCUCUACAGGCUAAUGGGGGUGCUGUCCAAAGGGCAAGUCUUAUAUGGGAAGCUCGGGGUAAGGAAGGCAGUGGACAGAAGCUGGACUGUCAUCAGACAAGGGAUGGAUUUGGAGACACUUGCCAAUCUCCCAAAUGGACAGGACGGGGAGUGGCAAGUGGGCACGGCAGCGCUGUGGUCAGCAAAGAUCUCAGUACUGCCCAAAGGGGUCCAACCUGGAAUGUCUCUUCAGGUCCUCCUUCCAGGGCCAACAUUGAGCCCUGUGACUCCCAAGUACAGACAGGGCCAGACUCCUUGUCCCCAAAAAGAGGUUCCCUCAUGGUUGCCAGUGAGGAUAACCCAAGGCUGGCCCAGGUGUCCCAGCCUGAAGUCAGAAUGAGGAGGUCCAACCCUUCAGAGCUGAGGGUGGACAGGUUGAGGCGGCGGACUUUGCCCCAUGAUGCCAAGUUUGAUCCGUUCAACCUCCUCGUGCCAGAGAGUGCUACCAAAAGGCAGCAGAGACCAGCAGAUGGUCUGACCUCCCCAACCUGUGCCUUACAGAGACCCCCAUUGUCCCACCAGCAGGCACAAACUCAGGAGGUGACACCAGAUGCCUUACAAGGCAGGACUUUCCUGGUGGAGAAGCAGGGGCCGUCUGUAGAGCCCACUGCGACUUUCUUUGCGGUGACUUAUCAGGUUCCUGAUAUUCAGAAGGUCAAGAGUGUGAUUAAGUCAGGGACUGAAGAUAUGUUGGAACCUUCCAGAAAAACACCUCCACCUCUGUCACCUCGCUCUGUUGUGUCCGUUCUGGCUUCUCCCGGCCAUGAAGAGCCAUGGUCUCCCGUCAGCAGCAAGGGCUCCGCUAAGGGGAGAGAGUACGAAGAAACAUGGAACCUUUCAAAACACCCGAAGUCCACAGACCAGCCCACCACGUCUGCAGGGGACAGGACUCUGGAUCUUUCCAGGGACAGAAUCAUUGAUGUGGAUGCUCUGUGGCUUUCUCGAGGGUCAGAAGAUAGCGCUGCAAAGGACCUCAAGAUCGGGGCAUCCUCGGAAAGAGAUGCCCCACAGACAUCCCCGGUCCUGAGGCAGCGGCCCAGAAGCCUCCUGGUGAGGAGGAGGACAGAGGUGGUUAGUGAAACGUUCCCAGGGAAGAUGAGAGAUGGCUACAGAUCGAGCGUCCUUGACCUUGACGCUUUGAUGGCAGAGUACAAGGAGCGGUCAAGCAGAAUAACCAGCAAGACCCAGCAGCAGCAGGACAGCCCUCCUGCAGAGCCCAGCAGCUCGCCUCAGGAGAGAUCAGGUUGGCCCAAGGAGGCGGAGUGGAGACGGAGGAGCCUGAAGGAGGCCCCCCAGUCAGACAGUGUCGGGCAACAAGCAGGGCGCUCCGUGAAAGCUCUCCACUCCCCUGGCCCCAGCAAGCAGCCAGCAGAGCCCCUAGGGGCAGCCAUGACCACCAAGUCUGGCUUGCCACUGUGGGCACCGCCACACUCGGCUCCUGGAGAAAACUGCCCCUCACCUUCUGCCGUCCCAGCUGGUUCCAGGAGAAAAUCUCCAGGCAUCGCUGAGUUUGAAAGCAAGCCCUCCUCCAGUGAGCACCAGGGUACCAAGCAUUGGCAAAAUUCAGCCAAGUCCCAGGAGCCAGGCAGCAGGUACCCAGUCUCCCCUGGGUCACCUCCCUCUGACCGGAAGAAAGGGACUCCGAGGAGAUCCACUGGUCAGGGAGUGGAAGGCAAUGGGGUGCCGUGGGGAACCCCCCCACGCGAUUCUGGUUGGUCGCCGCUGGACAUCAAGAGGGCCUGCUCAGAGAAGGGCCCACCAGCCAGGAUCCGGGAGGGCCUGUCCGUCAUGCAGGACGCCAGGCAUCGGAGGCAAGAACAGUCCAAAGGGAAGCCGGACCUCCCAGCCACCGAGACUCCCGAGGCUGCCGCAGGACCCUGUCAGAGGGAUUCGAGGAGGCCAGAAGGCCCUAAGGCAUCUUUGCAGAACCUGGAGCGGAGGGACAGUCAGCAGGACAGCCAGCAGCCUCAACGGCAGGUGUCCCCUGUUGCCUCUGUCCCCAGGCGAAGUCACAGCUUUUGCAAGGACAAGAGGAACAGUCCCCUCGUGAACCAGCUGAAGCAGUGUUUCUCCAGGCGAGCCCCUGAGGCCAAGGAUACUGACACCCUCGUGCAGGAAGCCGACAGCCAGUAUGGGACCUGGGCAGACCAGCACCAGAACGGGGGCAGUUUUGGCCCCGAGUCUCCGUCUCCUGACAGCAGCGCAGCGUCCGUGGGAAAGCAGCCCCCUGGCAGUCACUUGUCCUCAUAUACCGAGUCCACGUCGGUGGAGCAGCGUGACAGCUCCAGGGACCGGCGCAGCUCCAGCGUGGACCGCUCCAGUUCCGAGCUGGAGUCCACAGAUGGCCCAGAGGGACCGCCUCCAUCAGACGUCUGCCCUGCCCAGGAAGAUGAUUUCUCCUUCAUCCAUCAAACCUCAGUCCUCGACUCCAGUGCCCUCAAGACCCGGGUGCAGCUGAGUAAGCGAAGCCGUCGCAGGGCACCCAUCUCCCACUCGCUCCGGCGCAGCCAGUUCAGCGAGUCUGAGAGCCGAUCCCCUCUGGAGGAGGAGUCACACAGCACGUGGAUGUUCAAGGACUCCACAGAGGAGAAGUCGCCCAGGAGGGAUGAAUCAGAUGAAGAGCCGCCCCGGGUGGAGAGGACCCCUGUCAGCCACCCGCAGAGGAUGCCCGUGUUCCCAGGCAUGGACCCCGCUGUGCUGAAGGCUCAGCUGCCCAAGAGGUCAGAAGUGGACAGUCCUGGAGACUCUCUCAGCUGGACACCCCAGCCCAAGAGUCCUAAGUCGCCCUUCCAUCCCGGGGUGCUGGGUAGUCGGGUGCUGCCUCCCAGCACAGAGAAAGAGGAGAGGUCAGAGGAGUGCUCGCCCCAGUGGCUAAAAGAGCUGAAGUCCAAGAAGAGGCAGAGCCUGUAUGAGAAUCAAGCCUGACCAGACAGGAUGUCACCACACCCAUAAACUCAAGCCUUAACCGCCAGAUGUCUGAACCUGAGGCCAAGCCGCCCACUCCUCCCUGACCACCAUGCUCACGUGCCUGAGUCUUCCCACCCUGAAGACUGCCGUGCUGAGCCACACCCGGGUCCCCACAGGAAGACCCUGUCCCGGGACUCGCUCCAGUCCACAGAAAGAUCUUUCGGCUCUCCAGGCCUGUGGAUCGGCCUUUGGUGUGACAGUUGGCCUUCCUGCCCUCUGCAUACACCUCACCAUACUCCCUAGGCUGGGAAAUCGGCUCUUGGGCUCCUGCCCUGGCAGCCCUUCGGGAAGGACCUUGACAAACAAGCUUGAAUGGCUUUUGGGUUUGCCACCAUCAGAGGAUUACGCUGGGGUCUGUCUCGCGGGUUGGGUUUGAUUUUUUUCCCCGCCCUUUUUUUUAAACAAGCUCCCCUUUCCCCACUAAGAGCCUACCUUCUGACUUCUGACUUAUAAGCACAGCUCCGCCCCAUCCUGUCCAUACCCUUAUCCUUCCUGCGAGGCCCCGUGCACAGUUGGCCUGGGUCGCACGGCUUUCAUGUUUGCUUCAGAGGGGCAUAAAGCAAUAAUGCAGCCAAUUUCCCCUGAACUUUGGCAAAGUGCUUAUGUCUCAGCAUUGACAGCAGGAAGAGGCAGGCAGUGUCCGGUUGCCUCCGGUUACCUGAUCGCUGUCCAAGCUUACGAAGGCUUGUGACGUUCACCCUUGUCCACGUCUGGGUUGCUCUGAUCUCCGUGGGGGGCAGCCUUUGCCCCCAGUCUCGAGCGUUACGAACCUUGGUUGGAAUUGUCCGUGCCCUGGCCACUCACGUCCUGGACCUGCUCUUUCUGAACACCCAUAUCCUGCUGGAGAGAAGACACAACUUAGCUCAGCGGAGCAGACGCGACCCCAACCCCACCUUCCAUGGCUCUCCUGGACAAGUGAUUAUCUAGGUCCCAUGUGGAUGUUGCUCUAACUGAAAGGCCCCUGUACUGGGAGGCCCAGGCCAGAUGCUGGGCCAAGAAUGAGGUCUAUGGUGUCCUCCAUUGUGCUACCUGCAUGUUCACUCCAGGGAGUCCCAAGAGCGUCUGUACUCCUGUUUACUUUUCUUAAGCCUCCAAGGUGGCAUCAGAAGCCCCCCAGCACCAGCGGUCACCCGGAAACACGAGGCCAGCUGCCCGCAGCAUGCCUGCAGCUUCCAGAGACCUUUUUCCAGCCUUGCUUUGGCGACAUGCUCAGCAGUUCCAAGGUGGUUCAAGGUGGCCAUGGAGGGCGCUGGGUCGGGUGUUUUGAUGAAUGCCUGCCUGGCGCGUGUGCCCACCGCUGCCCUGAGGUCCUCAGAGUUAGAAGUUGCUCUCUGUAAAUCCGUUUCUCACAGGUGGUAUUGAGACCUGCCUCCCCUGUCCAUGGCUGCCCCUCUGUCUCUUGCCUCUGCUCCCUCCCACCCGUCCUCUCUGCCUGGUUUCCCUUGGGAAGGGUGUGGUAUGAAGAACACAUGGCCGUGCUUGGUGUCUCGGUUUAGGACGGUCACCUGUGCCUGUGGGCUGAGGUGUUCAGCAGCAAGGAGACGGCAGGCCCCACCUGUACCCCACCUUGUGCUCUGGCUGCAAACAGGAGCCAUUGUCUGUUUACCCUGUUCCUGACUCUCUUCCUCCCCUGAGCUAGUGGUGAGAAAUCACUUGGGCUUCUGUCUCCCUGCAGACUCUCCCAUGGUUGCUGUUUCCUGUUCUGUUUUGUUUUGUUUUUUAAGAUCCAUUUUGUAUUCUGUGGCAAUUUUGAUCUAGUUGCUUGCCAGGGACUUUUUUUCAAACACACUAGCAGGGCUGAGAGUGGGGCUCAGUGGACAGAGUAUGUAUCUAACACACAGGAGGUCUUGGGUUCUGACCCCAGGACCACAUACAUCAACUGUGGUGGUACACAUCUGUGUGAUUCUAGCACCUGGCAGGCAGGAGGAGGAGGGAGGAGGAAGAAGAGAGGGGGUAGUGGCUGCUUAGAAGUCUAAGGACAUCCUUGGCUACAUAAGAUAGGAACAAGCCAGCCUGGGCUAUAAAACACUCAAACAGAACAAAGCAACAUUCUACUCAUGAUUUUGAGUCUAACUUGUCUUGACUCCUUUCUUCUGGGGAGUAGGAGCCUAGUGUAGAUAAAGACCAUGGUGUCAGGGAGUGCUCCUGGGUGUCAGGGAGUGCUCCUGUCUUUAGUAUCAGAAGGCACGGUGGAAUUAAAAUGGGCUUGCCUUGUCUCCUUUGCUAACCCCUCAAACCUGAUGAGAAAUCAGCUUGAUUCCUUAUGAAGACCCACGUAUGGACAGCAGCUCUGGCCAGGGCAAGCUUCUAUGUCUCUCUUCCCCCUCCACCCUCCGCCCCUCCAAUCCAAGCUCUGACAGUUUCACUGGGUGGCGAGUGACCUGCUGCAAGUUGGCUGUGUCCCCAUUUAUAGAAUUGAUGCAGCUCAGAGAGCAGAGGCCCAUGCUUUGGAUCCUUAGCCGAGCUGAGCAAGUCCUCUUUUAAAAACCAGGUGAGGUUCUGGGGCCAAGUAGUGUGCUGAAUGCCUCCCCAGGACCCUCCUUGUAAAGGAACCUAAUAUGCCUUAAUCAAUGUGUGUACUUCAGGCACCUGCAUCCCUCUCCCCCAGCCCUCCCUCCUGGUGACUCUGGCUGUUUUCAGAAUCUCAUGUAGGCUCCAUCAUCUCCUCUUUGCCCAUCAGCAUUUUGACAUCUGAACUUUGGGUCCACCCCUCCCAUCCAGUAGAUAGGCAUUCUCCUACAUAGUCGAUAUCCUCAAACCCAGAGGCCUUUGCCCUGUGAAAUGGAGUGGCAUGGUGCUGUCGGGUGUCCUCAGCUCCAGCAGAGAAACUGGGUGGUCCUGGGGAGUAGGAACUUAGUGUAAUGUGUAUCUCACACCCCCUGAGUUGGAUGCAGGGACAGAUGGGAUCAGAGGGGUUUGUAGGGUAAGGAAGUGUCUUAGGGUUUCUACUUCUGCACAAACAUCACAACCAAGAAGUAAAUUGGGGAGGAAAGGGUUUAUUCAGCUUACACCUCCAAACUGCUGUUGAUCACCAAAGGAAGUCAGGUUUUGAACUCAAACAAGCCAGUAAGAACAUCCCUCCAUGGCCUCUGCAUCAGCUCCUGCUUCCUGACCUGCUUGAGUUCCAGUCCUGACUUUGGUGAUGAACAGCAAUGUGGAAGUGGAAGCUGAAUAAACCCUUUCCUCCCCAACUUGCUCCUUGGACAUGGUGUUUUGUGCAGGAAUAGAAACUCUGACUAAGACAGGGAGCAAGCAUGGAGUUCUGUCUACAUGCCCGUUUUCCUUCUACAAGACAGCCACCUCCAGGAAGCAACUGCUAAAGUAGAGUUGGAAAUAGACUCAAGUCCUCAACUUAGCUGCUGAGCAGGGAUUGGAAAAAAUACUCAUGUGAUUCCAAAGGAAACUCAGCUGGUCCUGGUGUGUGUGUGUGUGUGUGUGUGUGUGUGUGUGUGUGUGUGUGUGUGUGUGUGUGUAGGGCGGGAGUAGGGAUAAGGGCUGCUCUGUCAAUCCUGACUUUACAGCCACUCAUCCUGGUGCCCACAGAUCACACUCGGGAUCUAGGCUCAAUUGAAAAGUGCAAAGCCGCUCCCACCCCUUGUUGAUAUUCAGCCCUGGCAAGUCCUUUGGGCAGCAGAGAUGCUGUGCCCUCCAAAUGUGCCUUUGUCCCACCACCUGUCAAUAGGGAGCAGAUCUCCAAAUACCCAGGUUCCCGGUGUUGCAGUUCCCACUCUGCAUCUCUGAGCGUGCCUCUGAGAGAGGGCCUCUGUUGACGUUUCAGGAAGGUCACAUUCCAGAAAGCCUGAAGCCAUGGCAGAAGGCAGGAGAAUGUGGCUUCCUCUGUCCCUGUCCCUAUCCUGUGACCGCCUCAUUACACCCUAGAACAUCCCUAUCUCUGUGGCUCCCACAGUGAAGGACACCUCAUAGCCUGCAUCCUUUACCCACCAAGAGUCUCCUUCAGCUGUUUAUGUCACCUGUGCUGUGACAAUCCCUGGCAGCUCCGAGCCAGCUAAAAAAAAAAAACCUGUUAGCCUCUAGAGGACAAUCUGCGUUUUAAAUGUCAUCCCCUGUCGCCUUACAGAAUCUGUUAUAUGGGGCUCACAGAGGUUGUAUAUUGAUCUACAGAAGGCGUUUGUACCAGACUCUUUCUUACUCUGUCCUAGAAUGAUGACGGUCCUCCUCAACACGCGUUGUAUGCUGGGGUGGGAGAAUGGAAUUAUAUAUAUAUGAUAUAGGAUCUAUUUUCCUAACCGUUCCUCUGGGUCCUACCUGGGAUGUGUGCAUCGCGAUGGGGAAGGACUCGACUCGCAAGGCUGCAGCAUUCUGACAGCUGCCUUACUAAUCCACAAGCUGCAGGCCUUCUGAAUGACAGCAGAUGGUGGGCACUGGAGCCAGUCCCAGGAAGAACCUAACUGCGUGACUGAGAAUUCAUCUAUUAAAAAAAAAAACAAACUAUAUUUUUACUGUCAAAACAAAUGGGCUUCCCGGACUUCGCAGUGGCCGGAUGUCCCCUGUGCUUUUAUAUUUUGUCACUGUAAGAGGUUUUUUGGCACAGACAAGCAAGUCAGAAAUCCAGCUGACUGCACUGAAUGGGUGAACUCUGCAUGUGCGAAGGGGGCACACCCAGACUCCAAAAGUAGUAAAUAAAGCUUUCCUGUCAGUGGUAA